AUGUAUUUAUUUUUAGGACAUCUAUAUCAACAUUGGGAACGUAGAGAAGACUUGUACAAUAUAGAAUAUCCAUUGUAUUGGAUAAAUACUGUACGCUUGACUCUUAGUUUACAACAUUCAUCUGAACUUAUUCUUCUCUUAAUGCCUGAAGCUUUACCAUUACUCGAACAUUUAAAUGUAACUAUCGAACAGCCACGAAAGGAUUUAAUAACUAAAAAUGGUCAAUCAGCAGAACAUUUUGAAUUGUGCGAAAAAGACCUCCGUUGUAAAAAUGCUACUGGUGAAAGACUUCAAUCGCUUGUCAUACGUUACAUAGAACUCGAUGAUCUUUUAAUUUUAUUCAAUACACUCACUUUUCCUCUUCUUCAUACACUCAUAUUGGUUGAUAUAUAUGAUAAAUCUUUGGACAAUUUGCUAGCUUUUCAACAAUCAUUUAGUCCGUCAAAUUUACCUUCUUUUAAAUACAAUCAAUUUCAAUUUUUACUUCGAUUUCCUGCUAAAUACAAACAUGAAUGGAUUUGUAGAUAUCAUAAUAAUGGAUGGUCAUUUGAUAAUGUUAGUUUUCAUGUGGAUGAUCAUAUUGUGGAAUUACUCGAUUAUUCCUCUCCAUUAGAUAUUAUUGAAGAUAUUUUUUAUGUUUAUUCUAUUCCUUUUGAUUUAUUGAAACAUAUGCGCACUGUACACAAUUAUGAACUUUUUACUCGUCAUUCAACGAUAAUUCGAAAAAACUUUGUUUAUCAAAACAUGGAAUGGCUAUGGAAGUGGACAAGCAAUGAAAUUCAAUUAAUUUCAACUCUUAAAAAACUGAGAAACGUCGAAACGCUUCACUGUUUGUGUGUUGGAAAUCAACCAGAAAUUGUCGUAACUCCAACAUGUACUAAUUUAUGUCUUCAUCUUCGUUCGUUGACCUUUCAAUUCCAACAGCAUGUUCCCUACCGGAGUGUAACACACUACUCACCAUUGCAAAUAAUUUUGGAUGUAUCACCUUAUCUUUCCUAUCUCAAUGUGAGAUGGAGAGAUCUUUCUCAUUGUUCUGGCACGUAUCCAAUGAUUACACAUGUUGAUCUCACCGUUUAUGGAUGGGAACGUAGAGAUUUUGACGUAAAUCGAUUAAAUAUACUUACACCUAAAAUGCAUUACCUCACUAUUCGUGGGCAAGAACUGAUAAGAGAAAAACAAAUGGUUGAUCUUGUAUUGGAAUUGCUGAUCAAUAAGGCUUAUUUUCGUGAAUUAAUACUAUUACAGAUAAAUAAAAAUGGUAGAGUCACACUUAAACCACAUGUAAAAACAAGAACUAAAGAGGCAAUUAUGGCAAAGAUCGAUCGCCUACAAGACUCAACUAUGACUCGAAUUGAAUUUUCUUACCAUAACCAGCUUAGCAUUUGGCUUUGCUAA